AUGUCAGUCUCCGAGGCCCUUCCUGAAGGCAAGGACCAGAAGCAUCCCCACAGGAAGCGAACAAUGUUCACCGAGAAACAGCUGCAAGAUCUGACCCUCCUUUUCAACAAGAACCCAUACCCAGAUCCCAGCCUGAAGAGAGAAAUGGCUUCGAAAAUGAACUUAGACCCAACAGUCCUGCAGGUUUGGUUCAAAAACCACAGAGCAAAACUCAAGAAAGAAAAACGUAACGUCCAGCAAAACCAGGAAGCCCCGCAGCAGCCGCCGUUGGCGGAGCCGCCAGCCAAGGCCAGGCCGGCCUGGAGCAGCGCAGACACGGCCCUCAGGGCGCCCGGCGCUCGCCCCUCGGUCCCGGUCUACACAAACCGCCAGACGCCCUCCUUCCGGCUCAGCGUAUGCCCACCUUUCAAGGUGCACACAGGUCACCCCGGGAGCCACAAAAUGGUCCACUUUGGCUGCUGCCAGGACCCCACCGUGUACUGCCUCCACCCGAUUUCAGCGCCUCCAGGGUGCUCCCCAGGCUGCGCCACGGCCCGUCUGCACCCUGCGGGGCCCGGGAGAGAGUGA